AUUAAAAAUACCACACCGUCAGUGUCAAUGUAGUACUUGCCUGGUACCACUCUUCGAGAAACCUGCUCCAACGUUACGACUUUUAUUUUUAUUUUUCGUUUCAAACUGAGAGAAUUCUGUGAGUUUUGUGAUUAGAAUCGGUACCAAAGUGUUAAGAAAAGUACUGAAAAGACGUGCGAGAUGUGGCUAGUGAAGUGUUUUUGUGUUGUUCUGGUGUUGGUUAAGUGUUCGAAUAGUGAGGAUGAUGGACAUGGACAUGACAGGCCGUUGUACACCAGUGGACAACGAAAUAGUGGAUAUGGAUUUUAUCCCAACGACUUUUUUCUUCACAAAGAUGUGGGUCCUGGCGGAAACUUCCACUCCCACGAUCACCACCAUCAUGAUUUCAGCCACCAUAAUCAUGGACCUUUGAAUUUCAAUCAUCGCUACUACAGCCAAGAGGACGCUUUUGAAGGCAAUACAAACAGUAUUCCUUUGGACUUUGCCAAAACACUAAACGAGUAUAAUGUUAGCGAUCUGCUGUUGCAUUAUGUAGAUAAUCUACCAGAAGCCCAGCCACAGAUUGCCAAUAGAUUCGCUGAUGAUGGUGCCGAGGAAAGCAAUGUUGAAAGAACUUCCACUCAACUAGCAAGACCUGCCAAAUGUAUGCCAGAGUUAAAAACGGUAAAAAUAAUAAAAUCCAACGACUCAAAUAUCUUCUACGUUCCUGAAUGUACCAGGAUCGAAAGAUGUGGAGGAUGUUGUUCGCAUGUGCUGCUUUCCUGUCAACCAGUAGAAACAGAGACAGUAUCACUAUCUGUAAUGAAAACAGAAUACACAGGAAACAACAAGCUAAAAUAUGUAGGAAAGGAGUUAGUUUUAGUCGAAAAACACACAAAAUGCAGAUGCAACUGUAAAGUUAAAGCUGAGGAUUGCAACAGCUACCAAGAAUACAUCGAGCCAGAAUGCCGAUGUUCCUGCAAGAACAUAGAUGAAGAAAAGAAAUGCUACAAGAGAGACUCCAGGAAGCUGUGGAACCCUGAAUUAUGCGCCUGUCAAUGCAGAGACGUCACGCCGUGUUCUACAGGGUUCCUGUAUGACUACAACGAAUGUAGAUGCGUACAAAGUCAAGUCAAGAGGAGAUAUGUCAUAAACGAAAACCGCAAAGAACAACCUGAUCCUAUAUAAACAUAGUCAUUUAUUAUUUUCUAAAAAAUAAAAAGAUAAAUGAUCCAUCACAAAGAAACUAUAAAACGAGAUACAUUAUAUCAUACUAUCAACAAAAAAAGAGCGUAAGAGUAGCCUUUUAAAUCACGAAAGAUGUAAAAACGGUUGAAAAUAAACUUUUGACUUUCCUAAACAAAACAGUCAACCUUUUGACAAAUUUUUAUGUCAAAUUUUAUAGGGGUCUGACAGGUUAGCAAAUUUUAAUCGAUAAUCAUUUAAAAAGCUAUCAUGACGCAGUUUUUUUUUCGAUAAUUGGGCAUAUAAGAUAUACAGGGUGGUCUGAAUUGUAUUCGGGAAACUUCGAGAUCAUAUUCUACAGAUAAAAAUAAAACUUCUACACCCUGUAUUUCCGAAACGACGCAUUUUAGAACAUACAUUUAGACGAACGUUUUUUACUUAGUUUUAUCCGCAGAAUAUGCUUCCAGAAUACAAUUAGAACCACCCUGUAUAUAAUGUGAAAUUUGACAUAACCAAUAUUUAUUGUGAUAUAUAUUUAUAAAUUUAUAUAAAAAUACUUACUGAUAUUAAGAGAAACUAUAUUUUUAUAUAUUACUAGACUUCAUAGCUUUUUGUAUAUAAUAUAUUAUUUUAUUGUUUUAUCAACAAACAUUGAUAUUUUCAUAACAUACAAUUAGGUAUAUUUUAUUUUUAAUAUUAUGUAGCUAGAAUUAGUAUAGCUAUUUGUGUAUAUUGUUUCCCCUUAUCAAUAAACAUAAAUAUUUUAAUAAGAAAUA